GUAUGCGCAAAGGAGAAACAUACCAGAAGCUCUUCCAGCCGAUCAUAGGACUGACCGAUUCAAGAUGGCGACCGUCUUUCUGAGUGUCGUCUGCGUGUCUGUUCUGGGAGCUGCGUUCUCGACUUGUCCCCACACAAUUCCCGGACUAAGAAGAUGGUCACAUACUUCAUCGUGGCCUGGGAAUCGGAAACCCGAGCGCGACGCCAAGGUGGUCAUCUCUGACCACAUCCUCCUCGACGAGUCCCCACCGGAACUCCACAGCAUCACUAUCGAGUCACGUGGUCGCCUAGUGUGGAGCCCGGAUGGAGACUACAACGUCACGACCAAGUACAUCCUCAUCAAGGGCCAGAUGGACAUCGGCAGCGAGGACUGCAAGUUUCCUGCGCGUGCUCACAUCACCCUCACAGGUGUCCGGGGCACGUACAAGGUAACCAUUGGCGAGCACCUGUUCGGGGAGAAGUUUAUUGGGGUGGCGCCGGGUGGCACUCUGGAGCUGCACGGGCAGGAGAAACUGCCGUGGACCAAGCUGACCAACACACUGCCCAAGUUGGACGUCAACCAUGGCCUCAUGUACGACCAUUUGACCAGCAAGCACAAAGACGACGGAAGCUGGAAGGAUGGCAUCAACGCCUACAUCUUCGACGGAAAGACAGGCAACUUCAUAACAUUUGCAGCUUAUUACCUAGGAGAGUAUGAUAAAUACCACUACAAGUCCGACCCAACAGCCCUGGCUAGCCUCAUUAAUAGCACCGCUGAUGGUAACGUUGUCAUGUUGGCGGUUAAAACCAAUCUGGUCGAACCCCGGGUGGACCUAAAACCUGUCUACGAAGCCACCGAAACACUCACCCAAGGUCGUGUAACGGGAUCUGGCUUGAUCCGCACUGUGAAGAAAGGCGAUGCAUAUGCCAUGGUCAUAGAAAAAGGUAAGCAGGACACUCUUGAUGAGCACGUAGGAGUCAACUAUCACCUGGAGAGUCAAGCAGCAGCAGCGUCAAUGACGUCAUGGGACAACAAACUGAAGUUUUCUGUCAGGAGCUAUGUCAACAACAAACACGAAUAUAGCGACAGGGUUAACUUCCGGGUCAUGACCACCGCUGCUGCCUACCCCAUACUUGACGUCAUCGAUGACGUUACAUCUUGGCGUCCAGGGGAUCAUAUAUUCAUUACGUCGACGGACUACUUGUGGGGGCAGCUGGAGACGGCCAUUGUGAGGAACUGUACCACCUGUCAUCGCAACCAGGUUCAGAUUGACCUGGAGGCGGCCUACAUGCACUGGGGGGACAUGAUAGACGGAGUAGAUGAGAGGGCAGAGAUUGGGCUUCUCACUCGCAAUAUCCUCAUUCAGGGACGCAUGGAGAACACGUGCCCUCCUAGCAACGGUAACUGUGACAAGUUCAGCUACGACACAUUUGGGGGUCACCUGGAGUUUGUGAGGGGGUAUAAGAACGUCCACAUCGAAGGCGUAGAACUGACACGUAUGGGUCAACAGACAGAGAAAGGUUUCUAUCCAAUCCACUUCCACAUGUGCCACGACAUAGAUAAAAUUGGCGGCUACUCGGACCCUGCGUGGAUAAGACAGAACUCCAUACACCACUCUUUCAGCCGCUGUGUCACUGUCCAUGGAUCACAUGGCGCAACUGUCCAGGAUAACGUGGCCUACGACCACCUGGGACACUGCUACUUCCUCGAGGACGGCGGAGAGAAGAGGACCGUCUUCGACGGUAACCUUGGUGCGGCUACGAAACACGGAUCUAUCCUGCCCUCUGAUAUAGAAAAUCCAGCGACAUUUUGGAUGACGUCACCACUGGUGUAUCUGAGAAACAACGUGGCCGCUGGCGGCGACGGUAUCGGGAUCUGGUACGUGUUCCCAGAGGAGCCACAGGGACCUUCCUAUGGUCUGGGGUUCUUGCAGCGGGAUGAGGCCCGUCACACGGCACUGCUGGAGUUCAACAACAACGUCGGCCACUCCAACACACACUAUGGUCUGUUCGUCGACAACAAAAUCAACCCUGACGACACGACGAGCAGCGAUAACGAGUAUGACCCCCGCGAGCAGCCUCUCAACCGGUCCUCCGCCCAGAAGGAAGUCCUCUUCUACAGAUUCACAGGCUACAAGAACCGUUACCAGAACGGCUGGAUAAGAGGGGGUCUUAUUCUGAUGGAUCACUCGUCGUUUGCUGACAGUGGCCGGGGGAUGACCUUUGCUAAUUCCAUCCCCUCGCAGACUCUGACGAACUCCAUCAUCAUUGGGGAGUCCCGGAACCUAGGGGACCCCACCCGUCACUGGGACGGACACACGUGGGUGUACAUGCCCCGGAGUGUCCCCCACGAAUAUGACACCCACCAGCCAUUUGUAGGUUUCAUGAUAUACGACGGUCCCGUGCAUCUGAAGAACGUGUGGUUCAGCGGCUUCAAGGAGAACAUCAACUACACAUCUGGAGCUAUCGGCUUCCUCAGGAAGGACUACUACUCCAUCAACCCGACCAACACAGUCAUGAAUGCUAAGUUUGACUUCGUCGACGGGCAUUCGACCGGAAACCGGGUGUAUGACGGGAACGAGACAGUGCAUGGAUUUGGAAAUGCCGACGGGGAUAAAACCUCCGCUUUCCGAGACUUGGAUGGCUCCGUUACCGGAUAUCCGGGAAGCACUGUGUUAAAACCUGGACCGUUCUUCCACAACGCCCGCUGCUACAGACGAGAUAACUGGAAUAUGGAAAUAUGUCCACAAAGAUUCGGGAUGCUGAACCUUCGUCUGAUAAGUACCGAGGAUGAAGAUAAAAGUCAUCCAUUUGCUGUGCGAGAUGACAAUCCAUCAGCGAGAAUGGACGAGACUUGGCACGCCUCCGCCGGCUUCCCCGUUACUCUCGGCGGCGACCACAGCUACACAAUACACUGGAAUGGGAAAGUUCCAAGGGCAUUUGAGUUGAAAGGAGAAGGGGUGGAAAAGGGGGACUGGGUGCGGUUUGGUAUAUGCUUCCCCCGCAAUGGCAAGUUCCACUUCACGAUGUACUACCCCGUCUUCCGUGAUGACACCGGCUGGGUCGGACACCACUGGAAGCAGAUGUCCAGCGUGGAGGAGCUUGACCGGGACACCUCGGGGGGAGCUGUGUAUCAUGACAACACCACCGGGCUCUGGUUCUUCAAAUACAUGAACAUGAAAGACCGGAUGGAGAAUGAAACAGAGUCAUGUCCAGUGAGAUGUCCAAGCAUCAGGUUCGAGGUGAAGUCCGGCGACAUGAACGACGGCGACUGCACCUCCAGGGCGUACGGACCCUACAAGAGAGCUCCCAUUACGGGGAACAAUGGUCUCCAUGCCAGCAGUCUUCAGGUUACAUCCAAGGAUCCCCCACACGGCUGGGGUGCGGGACCUACCAGACCUUUCGAGACUCGAACCCCACCAAAUGGAGAGAGUGGAAAGUGGACAUCGUGGUCGCAGUGCUCUCAGUCUUGUGGAGGCGGACUUCAGACGAGGACUCGGUCGUGCAACAGUGUAGGGAGUACAGAGGACUGUCAGCGCCACCACGUGGAGUACAGAGCCUGUAACACGGCGUUCUGUACCAGUCGGCUGUUGGGAUGAAUACCAUGACACGCAGUUCCGUUAGGUGUAAAUGUGUAACUUACCAUGACACGCAGUUCUGUUAGGUGUAAAUGUGUAACUUAUAAUGUUGUCAGUAUUGUUUUCCUAGUUUUCUCAACGGUUAGUAUACAUUUAUGCGCGUGGAUAAGACAAAUAAAGCAUAUACUACUACACAGUACUUCAGAUAUGCAUAUACCACAGAGUGAGGGAGUUUGGUUACCGUCACUUUGAUCACUAUUCCAGUUAUAUCAUGGCGUGUCAGACUGAUGUGGGAGGAGAACCUGAAGU